AUGCUGCACCUGAAAGUCCAGUUUCUGGAUGACUCCCAGAAGAUCUUUGUAGUUGAUCAAAAAUCCUGUGGAAAAGGGCUGUUCAACCUCACCUGCAGCCACCUCAACCUUGCAGAGAAGGAGUACUUUGGGCUGGAGUUUCGCAGCCAGGCUGGGAAUCAGGUCUGGUUGGAACCACUAAAACCCAUAACAAAGCAAGUCAAAAAUCCUAAGGAGGUUCUUUUCAAAUUUAUGGUGAAAUUUUUCCCAGUGGACCCCGGACAUCUGAGAGAAGAGCUAACCAGGUACCUCUUCACUCUCCAGAUCAAGAAGGACCUGGCACACGGACGACUGCCCUGCAGUGACAAGAGUGCAGCACUGCUCGUCUCCCACCUGCUGCAGUCUGAGCUGGGUGACUUCCACGAGAAGACAGACCAGCAGCACCUGGCAACACACAGGUACCUGCCCAACCAGGAGUACCUGGACAACAAGAUCAUGCACUACCACCGGAGACACAGUGGGAAGACACCAGCUGAGUCAGAUGUUCAGCUGCUGGAUGUGGCCAGGAAGCUGGAGAUGUAUGGGAUUCGCCCACACCCUGCCAGCGACGGCGAGGGGACACAGAUCAACCUGGCUGUGACACACAUGGGGGUGCUGGUCCUGCGGGGCAAUACAAAGAUCAACACUUUCAACUGGUCCAAAAUUCGCAAACUGAGUUUCAAGAGGAAGCAUUUUCUCAUCAAGCUCCAUGCAAACAUCUCUGCACUGUGCAAGGACACACUGGAGUUCACCAUGGCAAGCCGGGACACCUGCAAGGCUUUCUGGAAGACGUGUGUGGAGUACCAUGCCUUCUUCAGGCUCUCUGAAGAGCCCAAGUCAAAGCCCAAAGCCCUUCUGUGCAGCAAGGGCUCCAGCUUCCGCUACAGUGGGAGGACACAGCGGCAGCUGCUGGAGCAUGGGAGGAAGGCAAAGAUGAAGAGCCUGCCCUUUGAGAGGAAACACUACACAUCCCGUUACGAUGAGAGGCAGUGCCGCUCCUCCCCAGACCUCCUGACUGAUGUCUCUAAGCAGGUGGAGGAGCUGCGCCUGGCCUACGGCAGCAGGGGCUCCUACUAUGCCAAUGGGGUUCAUGGCUCCGAGCCCACGCUGGACACGCGGCGCCGCAGCUCCACCAUGGAGGUGACGUUUGCUGCUGAGCUGGAGCGCUCCAAGCCUGAAGCAUCUCCCACCUUCCUGCCCCACUCCAAAAGCUCCUCUGCCUUCCCCCUGCUCUAUGCUGAGCUGGAGAUGGAGCGGGCAUGGGAGCCCAUGGAUCUCUUCAGUGCCAGGAACCCCCUGACAUCCUUCCGGCCCCACCACCAGUUUGCUGGGAAUAGUAAGAGCACCUCGGUGGGCAACAUGCGGGAGGUGAGCGCCCGACCACUGGUGUACACGGACGUGCCAUGUCCCCUGCCCAUGGCUGCUCCUGCCCCGCAGCUCCUCUUCUACCUGGACAGGGCCCCACAGCCCUCAGGCCUUGCAGCAGCACCCAGCGAGGACACGGCAGGUGCAUGUGGCCCCACGGCAGCAAAGCCUGCCAGGCAGAGUCCCAGUGGGACUCAGGCUGGGGAGUUCCAGCACGAGGCUGUGUGCGUGGCAGCAGGCACAGGAGUGGCCCCGGCGGGGGAGAACAGGUCACUGACUUGCUCCUUCGACUUCGGCCUUCAGGAGCAGCCUCCCAAGAGAUCUUGGAGCCAGUCAGACAUGAAAACCAUUCGCUUCCCCUACAGCUCUGAGUUCAGACCCCUGGGGCCGUGCCCUGCGCUGAGCAGCAGGAAAGCAGGUGUGUUUUGGCACAGACCAGCCCAGCAAGGGCUGGCACAGGGGCCACGUCGCUCCACCGAGCGCUACCUGGGCAGCAGCACCGAGUCCAGUGACUCUGACUCAGACCUCCUGGCCACUGACUACUGCUCCCUGUACGGGAGGGUGCUGCGGUCACCCAUGGCCCGGGUGCGGCUCUCCUCCGGCAGCCUCCAGCUGGAUGAAGAGGAUGAGGAGGUGUCCUUAGCCACCAGUGCUGCUGAACAGAGGAUUUCCUCCAAGUAUUUCACUUAG